GAGGCAGCCAUUUGAAACAACGCCAGUUUCGUGAGGAGGCGCUAGCAAACGUUAGUUAUUAGCCAGCCUUUCGUUAACGAAGCUACCUAACUUACAUAUUCGCAUUUUUUGGAGACCCUCCGACAAUAAACCACCAAGAUGUUCAACAGAAUGACAAGCCUUUGGAUGGGUGAUCUGGACCCAUACAUGGAUGAGAAUUUCAUCAAACAGGCCUUCAGCACUAUGGGCGAGACGGCGUAUGGUGUUAAGAUCAUUACCCACAGAGUAACGGGAGGAUCGGCAGGCUAUUGCUUUGUGGAAAUGGCAGACGAAGCCAGCGUUGACCGAUGCGUUCACAGACUGAAUGGGAAGCUUGUUCCUGGAUCAAACCCGCCCAGAAAGUUUAAGUUAAACUAUGCAACUUACGGGAAACGGCCAGAAGCUGGCCUGGAAUUUUCAGUCUUUGUCGGAGAUCUGUCUUCAGAGGUGGAUGACUACCAGCUCCAUCAGUUCUUCCUGAAGAAGUACCCUUCCUGCAAAGGAGGGAAAGUGGUCUCUGAUCAGUAUGGUAACUCCAGAGGUUAUGGUUUCAUCAAGUUUGGGGACGAGAACGAACAGAAGAAAGCCAUCGAUGAGUGUCAGAACGCCACAGGCCUGGGGACGAAACCAAUCAGGAUCAGCAUAGCUGUGAACAAGAGCCAUAAAAUGAACAGCUAUAACAACCAGAACCACAACUCCUACCACAACAAUUACCAACAGCCGUACUAUCAACAACCCAACCAGAACUACUACCCUCAUUGGGGCUAUGACCAGUACAACAGCUAUAACUAUGGUGGCUAUGGUCCCUAUGGAGGGUACCCUGCUCCAGGCCCCCAUGGGAUGAUGGGACCCCCACCUCCCAUUGGCAUGCCCCCCAUGCCCACAGACAUGCAGACUUCCUCCGAGCAAACACAGGAGUCCACAGAUGAGCCUGAAGAAGAGGCAGCAGAAGACCCCAACCCUCAGCUGGAUGUGGAUGCACUGAACACAGAAUACAUGGAGAGGAGCGAGGAGCUCUACGAUUCUCUCAUGAACUGUCACUGGCAGCCACUGGAUACCAUCACAUCAGAAAUCCCGCCUUUUUCCACUUCCUGAUCUGUUUCAACUUGUCCUCUGAGUUUAGUAUGAAAUGAAUCUUCUAUAAAAGGGUAAAGUCGUGCAGAAAAUGUCUCGUUUUUUUUUUUUAAUCGCCAGUAGACACACAGCAUGUUUCUUCACUACUGCCUUUGCCAUUUGUAUAUAUUGUUCACCUCCUUCCCAUUUUGUAUUUUUAUUUUAUGGAAGUAAUGUUAUUUUUCGGUGUGCACUAAACUUUCCUUCUAAAUUAUAGCUAAGUCUUUCUGGCAGUGCGUUUGUUUGAUUCAGAAACUGCAUUUUUUUUAUUUGAUUAAAUGAAGUAAUCAAUGGUCGUCAUCCCCUAGACAUGAUUUGUUUGUAUUUAUUUUCAGGAAGAAAGAACAUUUUAGUUGUAACUCGUUUUAUUUUUCACAGAUUAAAAACUUCAAUUUAAGCUUGUAUUUCAACAGUUUGUAUCACACCUUUUACCUUUUUUUUUUAAGUUGCAUUAUACAGCAAUUGGUCUGCCAUUUCCUGGUUGCUAAAAUUCUAAUUGCUUGUUUUGUCAAACUGAAAUUAAGCAAAAUAUAUGGUGUAGAGAAUCAUUGUACCCUCUAAACCGCUGUGAAAUAUAUUUUCAAUAACCAAAAAUAUUGUGUUUGAAGCUAAUGUACCUAAAGUAAAAACUUAAAUGUGAAGCAUCUACACAUUAGGCUUGCUUUAAAUGAGUGACUGCUCUAACUCAUAUUUCUAUGUGAAUUUGGUCGUGACACGCAGAAAGGUAACUCAAUUGCUAUUGGUCAUACACAUAUUUAGCAGAUGGUAUAGUGGGUAUAGCUAAAUGCUUGUGUUCCUAGCUCCAAUAGUGCAGUAGAUACCUUUUCAUUCAUUCUCAUGAUAUACAUUUUGUUUUAGACUUGUAAUUCAUUUUAGCUUUUUUUGUGCCUGGAGCUUUUGGAAUAAUUCUAUUAAAGCUGACUUGGGGUGGGACAGGA